GCCGCCUUAUCUGGGCGCCUCCAGGGCCGCAGGGGGAGUCGGGGCGCGCGGGGAGGGACGCGCGGCGGCGGCAUGGGCUGGGGGCCCCGGGGCGCGGGCCGCCUGCUGCCGCUCCUGCUGCUGCUCGGCCCGGCCCGCGGCGUGGCGGGAGCGCCGCGCUCCGACGAUGUCUGUGCCACUUGCCACGAGCAUGCUACGUGCCAGUCAAAAGACGGCAAGAAGAUCUGCAUUUGCAACUAUGGAUUUGUGGGCAAUGGGAGGACCCAGUGUAUUGAUAAAAAUGAGUGCCAGUUUGGAGCCACCGUUGUCUGUGGGAACCACACAUCCUGCCACAACACACUGGGAGGCUUCUACUGCAUCUGCCUCGAAGGCUAUCGGGCCACAAACAACAACCAGACGUUCAUCCCUAACGAUGGCACCUUCUGCACAGACAUAGAUGAGUGUGUGGUGUCUGGUGUGUGCGGGAAUGGAGGACGGUGUGUCAAUACUCCUGGAAACUUCGAGUGCUACUGUGUUGAUGGAUACUUGCCAACAAAUGGACCUGUGCCUUUCCACCCGAGCAGAGAUGGUACCCGGUGUACAGAAAUAGACUGUGGCCCGGCUCUGGAGAUCCCGGGUGGCUUUGUCAUAGGAAACUACACAUCUAGACUGGGCAGCCAGGUUCAUUAUGGAUGCAAAGAAGGAUUUUUCAGUGUCCCAGAAAAUACAGUUUCAAGCUGCACAGCCCUGGGCACGUGGGAGGCUCCCCAAUUACAUUGCCAAGAGAUCAACUGUGGCCAUCCUCCAGAAGUGCAGAACGCCAUGUUGGUGGGGAAUCACAGCUCCGGCCUGGGUGGUGUGGCUUACUAUGUCUGUCAAGAGGGCUUUGAGAACACUGGAGGAGAGAUCACUUCUGUUUGCACGGAGAAAGGCACCUGGAGAGAAAGCACUUCAACAUGCACAGAAGGAGAUCUCUUAGAAGAUGAUGGGAGUUUCAAUGUUUCAGUAAUCAAUGAAACUUGUUUGAAAUUGAACCAGCAGUCUAAGAAAGUUGGAUCAGAACGAAUAUACCAAUUUAAAGUCCUAGGCCAAAGGUGGUAUCUGGAUAGCUUUUAUCAUGCAACCUCAUUUAACCUGACGACGCGGGAACACACACCGGAAGUGUGUUUGCCUCUGUUCCCUGCCACUGAUUACACUGUGAACAUCACCGGACUGGGACCUCGUGAGCAUCAGGUGCAGAUAACCAUGACAACCGCACCCACAGUAAAACAGAUCAUCAGUAAUGUUUCAAUAUUUAAUGAGACUUGCUUGAGAUGGAAAAGCAUGAAGACGGCCGAUAUAGAAGAAAUGUACUUAUUACACAUCUGGGGCCAGAGAUGGUACCAGGAGGAAUUUGCCCAGGAAGUGAUCUUUAAUACCACCACCAGCAGCUCCACCCCUGCAGUAUGCUUGGACCUGCAUCCGGGUACCAACUACAGUAUCAGCCUCCAGGCUUUGUCUUCAGAACUCCCGGUAGUCAUCUCCCUGACAACCCAGAUAGCAGAGCCUCCCCUUCCAGAAGUAGAGUUUUUCACAGUGCAUGGAGGGUCUCUACCACGCCUCAGGCUGAGGAAAGCCAAGGAAGAAAAUGGGCCCAUCAGCUCCUAUCAGGUGGUAGUGCUUCCUUUGGGCCUCCAAAGCACAUUUUCUUGUGAUUCUGAAGGGGUGACCUCGUUCUUCAGCAAUUCCUCUGAUGCUGAUGGAUAUGUGGCUGCAGAGCUCCUGGCCAAAGAUGUCACAGAUGAUAGCCUGGAGGUAUCCAUUGGAGACAGGCUGUACUAUGGGAAUUAUUAUAAUGCACCCUUGAAAAUGGGGAAUGAUUACUGCAUUAUACUACGAAUCACAAGUGAAUGGAAUAAGGUGAGAAGAUAUUCCUGUGCAGUUUGGGCUCAGGUGAAAGCUGCUUCCUGGACCAGCAGUCACAACCAGGGCUCUCCUUGGCACAAAUUCCUCUACAGAUUUUGACCCAGUUUGGUGCCCUCCUUCCUGCACCAAGGCUGAAGCUCUGUUUUUGGAGACUGGGAAUGUAUAGGAGCAACUGAGAACCCAACUUCUUCCCGGAAACAACUGUCAGAGUAAUAAAGAGACCCACAGCUCCCUGCAGGACAGCAAGGACAUCCGAUUUCUGAGGCACCUUGUUGCUGAGUGACGAUGAGGAGGCCCAGUGCUACCCUCCUCUAUCAACACAGAAUUGGCGAAAGUUUAUUCACAGAGCAGGGCGACGCCAUCUCCAGGUGACAUUCAGAGCAGGGACCCACUGGUCAGAAUAAUUACCUUGUUUCAUUCAAAAUCACGUAUCUGGAAUGCUAUUCAGCAAAAGAGGGCAAAUAUGUUUAAAAGUCUUUAUGUACACGUGUGACAAUGGAACAAUGAAGCUGAGACUGGUUUGGAGUGGGAAGGGGAGUCGGGAAGGUGAGUAACAAGAGAGUAGUUCUGAUCAAGAUCUAUCCUAUACAUAGUUGGACAUGUUAAAAUGAACCUUUCCC